ACAAAAUGCAUUCCACGAACCAAACUGACAGCAUGCACCUUGAUUUCGAACAACUUUCCUUGCAUCUACGUACCUUGAAUGUUUUGACGUUUCCACAACUCGGCUUCUGUAAACAAUAAACAAUUGUGUUGCACAGCGUUAUUUUGGUUAAGCCGGUUUGAAUUUCUUUUUGAUUCAACAUCCAGUGAAAAUAUUAGUGUUGCUACCAAUGGGUGUGACCGUGUUGCAACCUUACCCGGUGGAAAACAAAUCCGGCGCACAAACGAUCGAGUUUCUGCUCAAACGCGUAGUAGCUCUAGGAGCCGUACCUGCGGGUCAGUUUCUGGUAGAUUGUGAAACCUACAGUUCCAACCCGCAACUGGGUCCACCGAAAACUGUACACAUACUGCAUAAUUCUGAACAACCAGCGUCCGUCUUUUCGAUACUGGACACCGGUACUAAGCAGAUACCGCUCGUUACGGAUGGAUUGUUCGAUCUGCUAAUGACACGCAUCGCUCCGGCCUACACUUCCAAGAAGCAAACGAAAAUCGAAUCCAAAGGACAGCGUUUCGAGUUUGGUGACUUUCUGAUCAAACUGGGCAGUGUCACAAUGAGCCAAAAUUUCAAAGGAGUAUUGGUGGAGGUGGAAUAUCGUCCCUGUCUCGUACCGGGUAGCUGCUGGGAGCUGAUGAGAGAGUUUCUUCAAGGAUUCCUCGGUUCGAACGUAUCCAACUCGAUGCCCGCCUACUUUACGCAGCGUUCAAGCAUCAAUCCAAACCAUUCCAAGGCAAACGAAAUCUAUCAGCCCAUUGAUACGAUCAAUCAGUACUUGGAACACUUUACCAACUACCGGAAACAGACCAUGGCACCCGUCGGUGCUCGUCCUUAAAACGCGUCGAAAAAAACAAUGAUCGAAAUACAAUUAAAUUUAAGAAUACAUA